AUAAAAAAGAUUGUAAAAGUGUUUUGAGGAUCAAUAAUCGAGUCUAAAACUCCCCAUGGAAAUGUACGACGAAGAGAUUGAAGUGAAGAACGGUAGAGAGAUAGAAACUCCUCCCAAUUUGGACGUCAGCAAUGCCAUCCACUUCAUCCAAAGUGAUCUGCAGAAGCUCUCGGAUGGAGAGGAGUCCCUGGAGUUUCCCCUGUCGAAGAUGGACGAGAAGAAGCAAGCGCGGAAGUUCGACAGCCCUGGUAGUGCGUCAUCCGGUGGCAGUGAUUCGGUGUCUGAUGAUCUGAACAAGCGCUUUGCGGAGGGAGACUUCAAUCCCAAGGACUAUGAACACUUGGAAGCGCCAUCGGACAUAAAGGAGAUGUUUCAGUACAUCCUUCGAUACACUCCGCAGAAGAUCGACAUUGAGUAUCGUCUGCAGCCCUUCAUUCCCGACUACAUUCCCGCGGUGGGAGACAUCGACGCCUUCCUCAAGGUGAUCCCACCAAAGAGUCUCAGUGGACGCGACGAUGUGACGCCCUUUAUAGACACCCUAGGACUCACGAUCCUCGACGAGCCUUGUGGACAGCAGAGCGAACCGGCGUUGCUGCACAUGAAGUUGCGCUCAGUGUCCACUGUGCCGCACGUCCAGGAUCACCCGCCGGCAAUUCUCAAGUCACCCAAAGACAUCAGUCGCUGGAUCACAGAAAUCCAGUCACUGCACAGCAAUCAGCCUCAGCAGACGCUCCUCUACUAUGAGAAGCAUCCCAUCAACAUCGACACGCUGAUGGCCGAGUGGCCGCAGGUUCUGGAGAAGACGUUCAACGAGCUGGGAUUUCCCUCUGUCGAUCUCGAUUGCUCCCUGCUGGAGUACAUCAACAUCGUGGCCAGCCUGCUGGACAUUCCCCUCAAGGGGAAGACCCAGGCGGACUACAUCUACGCCCUUCACACGCUCUUCAGUCUCUUCGCCGCUGUAAAACGUCCCUGAAUUUCAAUAAGAUCAUUUAAUUCUCAGUUUUGCAUCUGCUCAUCCAGCGUUCGCGUCAUCCACUCCGGCUCCGCGAUGCCAAUCUUUUCGAUGA